AUGGAUAAACAGGAAUUUAUUUCAUACUCAGUGCCGUCGUUAGGGGAGGGGGGGGCGCGAUGGGACGACGGCCCAGGCCGCCAAAUUUGGGGGGGCCGAUUAGUGGAGGGAUCCUGUGAACCGAUGGCGCAAUACCAGUUUCUGUUUCUGAUCGCUGUGGUCGCAUCAGGUAUAGGACCAUGUCUAAGUCAGAGCUCUUUGAAAGUUGGUACAUCCGAAACAACGCCAGCCAGUUUGUUGAAAGAACUCGAGGAUAAUAGCCGUUACAAGACCUUAGAAGCAAACGCUACACUACUGAAACUUCUCGUUGACGACAAAGGAGGAGUUAGCAAGUCGGAGGUUUUCGACAUGUUGCAUUCUAAAGAUGAUAAUCAUGACCACGUGGACUUGCCAACGUUCCCUGAAGAUGCAGAGGAGGGACGAGUGGACGUGAUGGUGGUACCUGACUCACAGGCUGAGUACCUGCAAGCGUCAGAGUCAGUACGUAAGGAUUCACGAAGACUCCGUUCAGCAGGCGGGCAAGCUGGGGCCGCUGCUGGGGUUAUGGUGCUAGUGACGUGCGCCAUAGUGGUCAUAGCUUACACCGCGCUCGUCGUAUGGAGGCGAAUAUACUUAAAGAAGCACGGACUGAAACAUGAAUUGUUACGAAAUGAAGAGAUCGCAGAAACAAGAAUUGAGUUGUGA